GUUUCACCCAUUAUACUGUCCAAAUUCCCCUUUCUUCUAUAAUCCUUCAAGCUCUAAAUCUCUCUAAUACUCCAAUUCAUUAAAUUCAUUGCUAAUCAAUAAUCAACAAACAAAAAAAUGUUUACAGAAGGUUUGGAUGAGUCUGCAAUUAACUGGAUCAAACAGGGAUCUGAAGUAAAACAAUCUUGUACUAAUACAAGAUCACCGUUAUCCGAAAAAAUUGAUGAUAUAUGCCCAAUUCCUAAAUCUCCUUUGGCUACUUACACACCAAAUUCACAUACAUUACCACCUUUGAAAUUUCAUUCUGGCCUUUUGAAACCCCAUAACACAGUGACAACACUUAGCAUAGACAGCAAUGAAGACGAUUUCGAUUAUGACUACGACGAUGAAGAAAUUGAGAGUGAGUGUGUUUCUUCAGCCCUAGAUGAACUUGAUGUCCACCAUUACUCUGAAGAAGAAGAAGUAUUGGGUACCAAUGUAUGUCAAAUUAAAGGAGCUACUGGAUUGAGCAAUCGAAAUGGAUCGACGUUGAAUAGAGGAAUUUUACAAGAGAGUCUUCGAAUUGAAGUACCACAAAAUUUUGGACAGAAAGCUAAAAUUUUUGGUGCUCAUAGCUAUCUGCGUGAUAAAGUUCAACCACAUAGUGCCUAUGCAACACCCGUUGGUAGGCUAAAUGACUUAGGAACCCCAAGUGCACCGCCGAUAGUGGAUAUUGGAGCAGAUGAAGAUAACUCUGAACUAGCAAGUGGAUUGAGCACUUGUGGAGGAUUGAUUGGAAAUGAGCAUAAUAAUAAGACAGGUUUUUCAGAAACGCCAGAAGAGGCUUGUUAUGGAAAUGGAAUUGGUAUUUCUGAAGGGUUGUCUAGAACACAGGACAACAAAAUGAUUAAUAUUCCAGAAGCUGCAGAUGAGGCUUGUUAUAGAAAUACACAAGUUCUUUCAGAGACUGAAAGUAGAGGGGGAGAUAAAGCAACUGUUGCAGAAACAAAUGCAGUGCCCUGUUACCAGCAAGGAAACUCAGUUGGAUUUCCAAGCCGCUAUGAUACCAGUCAAAACGGAUGGCAAGUUCUCCUGGCUUAUGAUGCCUGCAUUCGUCUAUGUCUAAAUGCUUGGGCAAGAGGAUGUGUUGAGGCACCUGAAUUUUUACGUGAUGAAUGCCAGAUGCUUCGAAGUGCUUUCUGCUUGCAGAAACUGUUGUUGCAACCUCGAUGCAUGCAGACAACAGAAAGGACCCAUAAGACCAAUGGACAAACAUUGCCCUUGAAAGUGAGAAAGAUAGUCGGGAAAAUUCGUGUGGAAGUAAGAAAGUUAAGAAUUAUACCAAAGAGGAAGCUUAAGAGCACAGACUCAAUGCGAGGUGCAAUUAGCAUGCAGGCAGGAGCAGAGUAUGUCCGACAUGUUUCGUCACUGGUGAAACAUGGCAUCAAUUCUCUUAAAAGUCAUUCAUAUCUGUUGACAUCCGAAGAAUCCCUGAGAUGUUUACUUCUCCUGAAGAGUUCAGCUGAAGAUACUAAAUUUGAACCAAAUUCUGCUGUUAUGCUGCUGCCAGGAAGUGGUGAUCACCAUGACUUUUUUCCAGAGAACCAAGGAGAUGCUCUGUUGAUUGAAGUACAAGAUAUGAAGAGAAGUACUUUGGGUCGAACUUUAAUACCAGUUUCAGCUGUGGCAGACAAUAGUAAUGAUAAGAUUCGUUGGUGGCCCAUUUAUCAUGAUGAUGAAUGUGUUGGGAAGGUCCAGCUAUCAAUCAAUUGUACAAUCACAACCGACGAGACAACACAAGUCAAGAGUGGACCGAUUGCCGAGACUCUUGCAUAUGAUCUGCUACUGGAGGCUUCCAUGCGUGCUCAACAGUUCCGUGCACGAAGUUUAAGGUCUGAGGAACCUUGGAACUGGUUACUCACAGAAUUUUCUGAGUACUAUGGGGUAACUGAUACCUAUACUAAAUUGAGGUACCUUUCAUAUGUCAUGGAUGUUGCAACUCCAACAAAAGAUUGUUUGGAGCUCAUCCAUGAGUUGCUUGUGCCAAUUAUGAAGGCAAGGAAUGACAGAAGUAUGACAAGACAAGAGAAAAGUUUGCUUCUGGAUUGUGAAACUGAAGUUGAAAGCCUCCUGGCCUCUGUAUUCGAAAACUACAAGUCAUUGGAUGAAAGUUGUCCCACAGGUUUAGCAGACAUGUCAGCUCCUAUACCAGAAACUGCAGCACCAGCACUUGCUCCUGCAGUGCAAAUUUAUACUCUUCUCCAUGAUAUACUUGCUCAAGAUGCUCAAAUGACACUUAGAAACUAUAUACAGACAGCAGCGGCAAAGAGGUGUCGAAAACACAUGAUCGAAACUGAUGAUUUCCUGUCAACAAACCUAGAGGGAUUUGUCAUGGAUUCAGUAACAAUAUCCACUGCUUAUGCGAAGAUGAAGAACCUCUGCUCCAACAUAUCAAAUGAAAUCCAAGCAGAUAUUAAGAUCCAUAACCAACAUAUUCUUCCAAGUUCAAUUGAUCUCUCAAGCAUCACGGCUUCAGUUUACAACACUGAAUUGUGUAAGAGGCUCAAGAACUUUCUUGCUGCAUGGCCUCCAUCGUGUCCUUCCCCACAUGUGAAUGAACUUCUGAUUGCAGCAGCUGAUUUUGAGAGGAAUCUAGACUCAUGGAACAUCAGUUCGGGGCAAGGUGGUGUAGACUCAAGGGGUCUCUUUCAUAGUUAUAUAAUGGUUUGGAUAGAGGAUAUGCAACUUCACUUACUCGAGCUUUGCAAGGCAGAAAAGGUGUUAUGGUCUGGAGUUGUAACAAACUAUUCUACUUCUCCUUUUGCUGAAGAAAUGUUUGAGAAAACCAAACAAAUGUUAACUGAGUAUGAAGUAGUGAUCAACCGUUGGCCUCAGUACACCGUCAUUUUGGAGAAUGCUGUUGCUAAUGUAGAAAGAGCAAUUAUAAAAGCCAUGGAGAAACAAUACUAUGAGAUCUUGACCCCUCUAAAGGAUAGCAUUCCAAAGAAGCUCGGCAUGCAAGUUCAGAAAUUAGCAAGAAGGCAUUCAACUACUCUUUAUAGCAUCCCUAAUCAUUUGGGGACUUUCUUGAACACAAUCAAGAGAAUUCUUGACGUCCUCCACUGUCAAUUAGAAGACAUUUUGAAGUCAUGGGCAUCCUAUCUACCAGCGAAUGGAGAAAAGAAGUCCAAUUUCGGGGAGCAACUGAAUGGAGUUACAGUAUUGCUGAGGACUAAAUAUAAAAACUACAUGCAGGCAAUAAUAAUCAAGCUUGCCCAUAAUAUGCAAUCAAAUCGUUGCACGCGUUUGCAAAGGAUUUUGGAGGAAACAAAGGAAACAGAUGGGGAAGCUGAAAUCCGUGAAAGAAUGCAAAUGCUGAAUUCACAACUCUCAGAUUCCAUAAGCAACUUGCAGGAAGUCUUUACGAGUGCAAUAUUUGUUGCAAUCUGCCGUGGAUUUUGGGACAAGAUGGGACAGAUCAUACUGAAAUUUUUAGAAGGACGAAAAGAGAACCGAGUAUGGUAUAGUGGUUCCUAUCAUGCUCUUGGGGUUCUGGACGAUAUAUUUGCUUCCCAAAUGCAAAGAUUGCAAGGAAAUGCUUUACAAGAGAAGGAUAUUGAGCCCCCUCGUUCAAUAGUUGAAGCUCGAGCUAUACUCUGUAGAGACAACAGCAACUGUGCAGAUUCCUCCAACUACUUGUAUUUUUAGGAAUACACUGAUUUGAUCCUUCAUAUGUUUUUGGUGUACUAUGUAUUUGUCUUUUACUAUUUCUUCCUGUUCAUAUAUUCUUUUGUAUGUAAAAUUCCUAUUCUUUUGUAAGUUGCUGUUGAACAAGAAUAGAUCUAUCCUUGAAUAAAAUACUCGUCUCAUCAAAAUUCCAAAGUUAUUUCGAGUAAUUUUUGGUUGCCUGUUGGA